GCUGCUGGAACCAGUGAGCAGCAGCAAGGCCUGGGCUGCCUCCCAGCCCAGCCCCUGCUGGAGACAUAAAUAGGCCCGGGGAGAGCUGCUGCACAGCCACUGCUGAAGUGCUGCUCCAGAUCACUCAGAAUGAAAGCCGUGGUGCUGACCUUGGCUGUGCUUUUCCUCACAGGGAGCCAGGCUUGGGAACUCUGGCCGCAAGAUGAAUCCCAGGCAAAAUGGGAUCGAGUGAAAGAUUUGGCCGCCUUGUACGUGGAUUCAGUCAAAGACAACGGCAGAGACUAUGUGGCCCAGUUUGAAGCCUCCGCCUUGGGAAAACAGCUAAACCUGAAACUCCUGGAAAACUUGGACAGCUUGAGCACCACAGUCGACAAGCUGCGGGAACAGCUGGGCCCGGUUACCCAGGAGUUCUGGGAUAGCCUGGAAAAUGAGACAGAGGCGCUGAAUCGAGAGAUGAACAAAGAACUGGAGGAGGUGAAACAGAAGGUGCAGCCCUACCUGGACCGCUUCCAGAAGAAGUGGCAGGAGGAGGUGGUCCGCUACCAGCAGAAGGUGGCGCCGCUGGGCGAGGAGCUCCGCGACAGCGCGCGCCAGAAGCUGCAGGAGCUGCGCGACCGCGCGCGCAGCCACGUGGACACGCUGCGCCAGCAGCUGGCGCCUUAUAGCGAUGAUCUGCGGGAGCGUCUGGCCACUCGGCUGCAGGCGCUCAAGGAGAGCGGCACCAUCCUGUCUGCGUACCACAACAAGGCCAGCGAGCAACUGCGAUUGCUGAGUGAGAAUGCCAAGCCAGCGCUAGAGGACCUCCUUCAGGGCCUGCUGCCCAUGUGGGAGGGCUUCAAGGACGGUGUCCUGACCGCCAUGGAGGAGUUAACCAAGAAGCUGUUAGCCUAGUGAGAUGCCCUUUGCCCCCUGGGACUCCUCCUGACCUCGGGACCAGAGGGGUCCUCUCUUCCAGCACCCCUUCCCAUCAUUCAGUUUCUUAGAAUAAACGUUUCCAAAGCGGGA